AAACCCGCCAAAUUUCACAAUAAUAUAAAUUUUAUUCAAAAGUAAAAUACGAUGUUUAAAAUAAGUUCUUUUGAGAUAUGGCGACAAGAGAAAGAAAUGCCACGCAUUAUAACUCUUUGUAAAAAAUUAGAUGAUAUCUUAGAAGGUGGUCUUGCAGCUGGUUUGAUUACUGAAUUUUGCGGUGGACCAGGUUGUGGGAAAACACAAAUGUGUUUGCAGCUUUGUAUCAAUGUGCAAUUUCCACGAAGAGUGGGUGGCCUUCAGGGCCAAGCUGUGUAUUUGGAUACAAAUCAAGAUUUCAGUCCUAAUCGUUUGCGAGAAAUUGCGUACUGUGCCGAAAAACGUUUAAUUCGUGCCUUACCCAAAACUGGGUUUGACUUAGGCACGCAAUAUCCUUUUACAGUUAAUUCAAUACUGGCAGGAGUAAAUUAUUUGUAUUGUAAAAAUCAUAUAAUACUACAAGCGGCAGUCGAGAGUCUACGUGAAAUGCUAAUUAAUAAUAAUGAGAUAAAGCUGAUCAUCGUUGAUUCGUUCUCCUUCCCUUUGCGCUUAAUUGAAGAUGUGGCAGAACGUAUUGGAGUAGUUUAUAAUUUAUUAUCGCAGCUACAGCAGUUAGCGACAGAUUUUAAAGUAGUAGUUGUUAUAACAAAUGAGUUAACAACGCGUAUUACUGGCAAUGACUGGAACAUAUGUCCAGCAUUAGGCGACAGCCACGGACAUAAAAUUAAUCAGCGCAUCAUUCUUAGUAAAUGUAUUGAAGAAAAUUGUUUCGUUGCAUUGAUGGAAAAGUCGAAUAUAGUACCAAAAGUASCUCUACCUUUCGUGAUUAAACAAAAUGGAAUUCGUGAUUUAUCAUAAACAUCAAACAAUUUUUAACUCUAGCUUGCU